AUGGCGGCACACCUGAAAAAACGGGUGUAUGAGGAGUUCACCAAAGUGGUACAACAGCCGCUUGAGGACAUCUCAGCAAAGAAGCUCAGACUGACCAAGCCCAGCAAGUCGGCCGCGCUUCACAUCGAUCUGUGUAAGGCCACGUCGCCGGCUGACGCUCUGCAGUACCUCUUGCAGUUUGCACGCAAACCCGUGGAGGCAGAGAGCGUGGAAGGAGUGGUGAGGAUCCUGCUGGAACAUUACUACAAGGAAAAUGAGGCCUCUGUGCGUCUGAAGAUCGCAUCGCUGCUCGGCUUAUUAUCCAAGACUAAAGGAUUCUGUCCGGACUCUGUGGUGGAUGAUGUGAUCAGUUCUGUGCAGAAUGAAAAGUCCCACCAGGUUCUGGCACAACUUCUGGACACUUUGCUGGAAAUUGGAAUUAAGUUACAAGACAGUGUCACUCUCCAGACCAGACUGGUAGAGAUUUAGCCUACAAGUACCUGUCAGACACAUCCCAUGGAGUCCGAAUCAAGUGUCUGCAGCUUUUGGGUUGUCUGGGUUCUGUGGAUAAAGUCCCCCUAAAAGAGGCAGAAAGCACACCAACAAAACAUGUACAGAAGAUAAUAGGUGAUUAUUUCAAUGAUCAAGACCCCCGCGUCCGGACUGCUGCUAUAAAAGCCAUGUUACAGCUCCAUGAGAGAGGCCUGAAGUUACAGCAAGGGACAUACAGCCAGGCUUGUAAACUGCUCACCGACGACUAUGAACAAGUGCGAAGUGCUGCCGUGGAACUUAUUUGGGUUUUAAGUCAGCUCUAUCCAGAAAGCAUUGUUCCUAUCCCAUCCUCCAAUGAGGAGAUCCGGCUAGUGGAUGAUGCUUUCGGCAAGGUCUGUCACAUGGUCAGCGAUGGAUCAUGGGUAGUCCGUGUUCAAGCCUGCAAACUUCUGGGAUCAAUGCUGCAAGUCAGCCCCCAUUUCCUGGAGCAAACCUUGGACAAGAAGCUUAUGUCUGACCUGCGGAGGAAGAGAACAGCACACGAGCGGGCCAAAGAGUUGUACAGCUCCGGGGAGUUCUCCAGUGGUAGGAAGUGGGGAGACGACGCACCCAGAGAGGAGCUAGACACAGAAGCUGUGAACCUGAUAGAGUCGGGAGCUUGCGGAGCAUUUGUUCAUGGUCUGGAGGACGAGAUGUACGAGGUGAGGAUCGCUGCGGUGGAGUCCUUGUGUCUGCUGGCUCGUUCUUCUCCACCAUUUGCAGAGAAAUGUCUGGACUUUCUGGUGGACAUGUUCAAUGACGAGAUAGAAGAAGUAAGACUGCAAUCCAUCCACACCAUGCGUAAGAUUUCUGAAAACAUUACCCUGCGGGAGGACCAGCUGGACACAAUCCUGGCUGUACUGGAGGACUCUUCCCGUGACAUUCGAGAGGCUUUGCAUGAACUACUGUGCUGCACCAAUGUGUCAACUAAAGAAUGUGUUAACAUGACCCUGGGGGAGCUUCUCAAGAACCUGUCCAGAUACCCCACUGACCGCGACUCCAUCUGGAAAUGUUUGAAGUUCCUGGGCAGCAGACACCCCACGCUGGUCCUGUCGCUGGUCCCUGAUCUCCUGGGUACCCACCCUUUCUUUGAUGUGCCAGAGCCUGAUAUGGACAAUCCAUCCUAUAUAGCUCUUUUGGUUUUGAUAUUUAAUGCUGCAAAAACCUGCCCCACCAUGCCAGCCCUGUUUUCUGGCCACCUUUUCCGCCACUACGCCUACCUGCGGGACAGCCUGUCGCACCUGGUCCCUGCAUUGAACCUACCAGGAGUGAAGUGGUCUUGGAUUCCAGAUGUAGAACCUGGCUCCACCCCUGAGGAUCCAUCUCAGCAGUUUCUACAAAACAGCUUGGAACGUGUUCAUAACUUACAGAAUCUGGGGACCCAGGGGUCACAGGAGCUUUUGGAAUAUACUAUCCGGGAUCUCCAGCGGAUUGGCGAGCUGCAGUCUGAUCUGGCUGGCAAGGCAGAUUUCUCGGCCACCUACCUGCGCUGUCACUUGCUUCUCAUAAAGGCACUAAAUGAGAAGUUGUGGAGUCUGGCCGCUCCCCUCUAUGUGAAGCAGAAUUCCCUGACUGCGACCGCUGUAAAACAGAUUUUGGAAGAAACAUACAAGAUGGAGUUUAUGUACUUCGGCCUGGAGAACCGCCAGGUAGCCAUUAUACAUCACAUGAGGGUGCAGGCAAACGCCCUCCAGCUCCUUGUGACAGCUCGGACUACUCGAGGGGAGGAGCCUCUGUUCGGACUUUGUGAGCAGUUCCUGCAGGAGAUAGACGUCUUCCAGAGGUGCUUCAUCUCUGAGCUCCCACACAUGCAGGACAGCUUUGUGGACAAGCUGCUCGAUCUGAUGCCACGCCUGGUAAAUUCCAAGCCUCUUCAGAUGGUGAAAAUCCUACAAACCACCCUACGGCAAAGCAGCUUUCUGCGCCUAACUCUUCCAGAACAGAUCCACAGAGCCUCGUCGUACAUUAUUGAGCCAGCUGCUGAGUCUGAUAACCCGAUCCGAUUCACCUCCGGGUUGGUCGUAGCUCUGGAUGUUGAUGCCACAUUGGAGCAUGUUCAGGAGCCACAGAGCUCUGUGAAAGUCCAGGUUGUUUACCCAGAUGGGCAGGUUCAAAUCAUCCAUCCUAAACCAGCAGAUUUCCGGAACCCAGGUCCCGGCAGACACCGGCUGAUCACGCAGGUGUAUCUGUCUCACACAGCAUGGACAGAGCCGUGUCAGAUCGAAGUACGACUCCUACUUGCCUACAGCUCCAGCCGCAGCAAAAUAUUAAACCGAUCGUGUAAACCGGCAUGGGGGGAGAGCAUGGACACCCUGCCUGCCGUGGACAGCACCAUAGAAGGCACUAUUCCCUUCAGCAAACCCGUUAAAGUCUUCUUGAUGCCCAAACCCGCCAGGCGGUAA